CCGCCGCCUGUCAACCACACACAUACACACACACACACACACCAAAAUAAACCCAUCGGAUUCGCAACAAAUCCUUUCCGCUACGAACCGUAACCACAACCACACGAAAACCUUCCUCGAUACAAACACGCAAAGAUGGGGAUCAUGGACAGCAUCGGGUCCGAGAUGAAGACGAGGAAUUUCAGUAUAUACGGUCAAUGGACCGGUAUCAUCGCCAUCAUCCUGUGCGUUGCAGUCGGCAUUGCCAACAUCUUCCACCUCAACCUGAUCAUCAUCUUCUCGGUCAUCUGCCUCAUCACCGGCCUAGUCCUUAUCUUCCUCGAGAUCCCGUUCCUGCUGCGCAUCUGCCCGACAUCGCCGAAGUUCGACACGUUCAUGCGCAAGUUCCACUCUCUGUGGGGAAGAGCCGCCUUCUACGGCGUCGCCUCGCUCGUGCAGUGGUUGAGCUGCAUCGUGCAGGCCACGAGUCUGAUCGCUGCCGCGAUCCUGCUCAUGCUCGCCGGAAUGUUCUAUGCCCUCGCGGCCAUCAAGGGCCAGCAGUUCGUCGGAAGCAAGACCCUAGGUGGCCAAGGUGUCGCUCAGAUGAUCGUUUAGUUUAGACAGCGGCGGUAAGGCGGUGCGAGGCGGUGACGGCGAUCCUGGUGCGUGGAGGGGAGGGGUUGCCGUGCGCCUGCCUGGCCGACUUGACUGACGGAAGUAACGGUUACCUAUGCUAUGCUUUUCAUGUAUGCGAUGCGUCUUGUGUGUGUGUGUGAACUUUGAAGUUGCGACUGGAGACUUGGGGAGUACUUUCUUGUGCGAUUGCGGCAAACCGGACUUUCGGAAGAGCGUGCGAAGGGCAAUGGA